AGGAGCAGCCGACGAUUCCCACCGCGAGAGCGAUCCAGAGAUCUGAGCCGUCGAAGGGGGCGCGAUGCGGCAGAUGAUCCGGCGGAUGGCGAGGGUGGCGGACUCGUCGUCGCAGUGCGAGUCGCCGCCGCGGAGGGCGGGGAAGGAGCAGCGGCGGCGGGGGGAGGGCGCGGCUGCGGAGGGGCACGUGCCGGUGUGCGUUGGGGAGGAGAUGGAGCGGUUCGAGGUGCGUGCGGAGCUGCUCGGCCGGCCGGCCUUCGCGGCGCUGCUCCGCCGGUCGGCGCAGGAGUACGGCUACGAGCAGCGUGGCGUGCUCCGCAUCCCCUGCCCAGCGCCGCUCUUCCGUCGCCUCCUCGCCGCCUCCUCCUCCGCCGAGGCAGAGGCGGAGCUGCUCCGCUCCUUCGGCGACGACGACGAGGACGACGAGUCCCUUGGCUAAGGAUGUGGCGACCGGGUUUCUUUUUACCGUUUUACCCGUCCGACUUCUACUGGUGAUAAGCCGCAUUGCGGCGCGCAGUGAGGGCAGCGAUGGAAUUUUACCUUCCGUUUUACGUUCUUCUA